AUCACAACUUCUUCUUCUGUGUGUUUUUUUUCCUGUUGAAAUUCAGAAUAUCUAAGAACCCAGGAGCCAUCCUCCACAUAUACGUAUGUCAUGAGAUAAGCGUAGCAGCAAGUACAUCAUCACCACCAUGUUGCCACAAUCACUUCUUCUGGUGACCCUUUUGAACAUUAAUGUUGCAUCAUCAUCAUCCAAUAUCAUCAAAACCCUUCCUGGCUUUCGCGGUGACCUCCCCUUUAAGCUUGAAACUGGGUACGUGGGAGUGGGCAGCAUGGAUGAUGUACAGCUGUUUUAUUACUUCUUUGAGUCUGAAGGGAGUCCAGAGUAUGAUCCUCUUGUGCUUUGGCUCACUGGAGGUCCUGGUUGUUCUGCCUUCUCUGCCAUUGUAUAUGAAAAUUUAGGUCCAUUAUCCUUUGACUCUGCACAUUCCAUCGGCAACAAACCAAAACUAAAGUUGAAUCCAUAUUCAUGGACAAAGGUUGCCAACAUAAUAUUUUUGGAUGCACCUGUGGGCACAGGAUUCUCAUAUACAAAAAAUUGGGAAGGAUAUGCCAAUCUCAAUGACACAAUAUCAGCUGCACAAACAUAUGAAUUUCUUAGAAAGUGGCUUAUGGAUCAUCCCAAGUUCUACAAUAAUCCACUUUAUAUUGCCGGAGAUUCUUAUUCAGGCAUAAUUGUUCCUAUGGUCGUUCAGGAAAUAUCAGAUGGUAAUCAAGAUGAACAUGCGCCACCAAUGAAUCUCAAAGGUUAUGUGCUUGGCAAUCCAGUGACAGAUUCUGAAAAGGAUGAUAAUUCUAGAGUUCUAUUUGCUUACAUGAAAGCACUUAUAUCAGAGGAACUAUACCAGUCAAUGAAAAUAAACUGCAAGGGAGAUUAUAUCAAUGUGGAUCUAAACAACACGUUAUGUGUGGAUGAUCUUGAACUUUACAACGAGUGUAUCGAAGACGUAAAUGAUGUACAAAUAUUGGAACCUGUAUGUACUGUCCAUUCACCAAAACCAGCGCAGUCAAAGGGGUAUGCAGAUGAUCGCACUAAUAAAGACUCUGUAAAUCUCCUCCUUUCUUUUCCUCAACUUCGUAGGCCAUGGUGUCGGAGUUACGCAUAUCUCCUCUCUUAUAUUUGGGCAAAUGACAAAACUGUCCAAGAAGCUCUUCAUAUUCAGGAGAAUCAGGGAAGCGUUAAGGAAUGGGAGAGAUGCAAUAAGACCUUACAAGAAUUCUAUAUAUCUGAUGUUUCCUCUAGUCUUGUCUAUCAUGAGAACCUCAUAAAACAAGGCUAUAGGGUUUUGGUUUACAGCUUGUCUAUUAACAGUGGUGAUCAUGACAUGAAUGUUCCAUAUGUGGGUACUAUGGGUUGGAUAGAAUCUCUGAACUUGACUGUUGUCAGUCGUUGGAAGCCUUGGUUCGUCGACGGACAGGUUGCAGGAUACAGAGUGCAGUACACAUACAAAAAGUACCAGUUGACAUAUGCAACUAUAAAGGGAGCGGGUCACACAGCUCCAGAGUACAAACCUGAAGAAUGUUUUGCUAUGAUUAGUAGGUGGUUGGCAUACUACCCUCUGUAGUCAGUAAUUCAAAUUACCAAUCUACUGAUAGAUAAUAAGUUGUUAUGCUGAGUUAUUCUUUUUCCAAAGCAAAGGUCAUUAAUUGAUGCUGGUUUGGUAAACCCUUUCCUCUGUU